AUGUCGUCAGCUUCGUUAGCCUCGCCUGCGUCCCCCGUGUCGGCAGCGCCAGUACGGGGAAGCGUGGCGCAAGCUGCGGAGAUUUCUGCGCCAGCAGGGAGAAGCGGUGCGCAGGCGGUUCUGGGAGGCGGUGCAGGGGCAGCGGAAAGCAGCGCGGGGGACAAUGCGCGGGCGGUAGGGGGAAGCGGCGCACGAACCAUAGGAGGAAUCACCGCGCGCGCGGCGGGGGGAGGCGGCGCGCGCGCGGUGGUGCGCGUGGUGCGCGCGGACGGGAUGGACGUGGAGGCGCAGCUGCGGCUGGAGGAGAAGCUUCUCAGAAGCGACCCGACCAACAGCAACUGGUUCGUCUUCAAUGCUGAUGUGGCAGCACCGACCAUCGUGAUGGGGAUUUCGGGCAAGCCGCACGAGCUGCUUCACACCGAGGCUGUCCUCGAGGCUCGGGUGCCGGUGGUCCGCCGGUUCAGUGGCGGAGGUACGGUGGUGCUGGACUCAGGCUCGGUGCUGACGAGCCUGAUCUGCCGGCGCGACGCGGUGCCGAACCUGCCGCUGUACCCGCGGCCCAUAAUGGAGUGGACGGAGGGGCUGCUGCAACCGGCGAUGGCGAAUGUUCCAGGCUUUGCUCUGAGGGAUAAUGACUACGUGGUGGGCGAUCUCAAGGUGGGCGGCAACGCGCAGAGCAUCACGGGCUCUGCCUGGCUGCACCACACGUCGUUCCUCUGGGACUUCUGCUCGCACCGCAUGGCACUGCUGCAGCAGCCCUCACGUGCUCCUGAGUACAGACAGCUCCCUUUGUCCCGCCAAUCGCGGGGGUCCGAGAAUAAACGCGUUCCUGCGCCCGGAUCGUUGACAUUGUUCAGGAACCAUUAUCAUUCGACCCGGCUCGUCGCCAAGGCUGCUGCCGCCAUGAGCCCGCUGUCAGGCACACCAGCGGCAAAGACCAUAGUGCUGCCAGCCAAGGCGGGGAAGCAUGCUGCCACUGUGGUGUGGCUGCACGGGCUGGGGGAUACUGGCUAUGGAUGGUCCGAUCUCUGCGAGACAGUUAACCUCCCACAUAUCAAGUGGAUCCUCCCCAGCGCCCCCAUUGCCUCUGUCACGAUCAAUGGUGGCAUGCCAUGCCCCUCAUGGUUCGACCUGUUUGGGCUGGACGCGAACGCACGGGACGACGUGAAGGGCAUCGAUGCUGCUGCAAGAUACGUGGCUGGAAUCCUGGAGGAGGAGAAGAAGGCAAAUCCUGAUGUCAAGUUUGCAGUGGGCGGGUUCAGCCAAGGGGGCGCCCUAUCCCUCUACCUCAUGUCCCGGAAAGUUCUGGGAAAGUUUGAGGAUGGUUCCGAUGCUUCGGCUGUGCCGCUCCACGCCUCUGUUGCCUUCAGCGGCUGGCUGCCCAAGUGCAGUCUGAAGCCCGGAGGCAGUGCAGCAGUGGGGGAUGCAUCAGUGGCAGAGAAGGCCGCCGCCCACCCUUUGCUCAUGGCGCAUGGGGAAGCUGACAGCCUGGUGCCCUUCGCAUUCGGCAAGGGGUCAGCUCAGGUGCUGCAGGAAGCAGGGUUCUCCAACCUGACCUUCAAGUCAUACCGCGGCAUGGCCCACUCUGCUUGUCCUGAAGAGCUGGCAGAUCUCAAAGCCUGGCUGCAGAAGAACGUGCCACCACCCUCUUGA